CAUCGCUCAAACGCUUCGAUCCGAUCCAAGCCGCAGCUCAGUGACGCGUGGAACUUCGAACAGGCCGGACGCAAUGAGCUUCAGUGUGCGACUUAAUACUCCGGUCCGCCUGCUGGUGGACCUGGCCCUUCUGGCCCUGCUGCUGAUCCUUUCGGCGAACUUCAAGCGCUUCUGGUGGCCCACCACCCAGCGCGGCUUCUUCUGCAACGACGAAUCCUUAAUGUAUCCCUAUCGCGAGAGCACCGUCAGCUCCAUGUUGCUGCACUGGCUGGGCGUGCACCUGCCUCUGCUUUUCCUGAUCCUGCUAGAGGGCUGCCUAACCUGGCGCCGGGUUGGGAUCUCAGAGUGGCGUCACCUCUGGCCAAUCUGGAACACCGUCCGCUGGUUUCUCUACGGACAUGUAUUCAACAAUCUCCUCAAGAGCAUCGGAAAGCAGACAAUCGGCAGACUGCGACCUCAUUUUUUUGCCGUAUGCCAGCCCGAGCUGCCGGAUGGCGGUAGCUGCUCGGAUGAGGCACAUCGAGGCGGUCUGGUCUAUCACGAGGACUACAGUUGUCGGCCAGAGCUCUCAGGUGCCACCGCGGAGAUGCUUACGAGCCUACAUGUGUCCUUCCCAAGCGGGCAUUCCUCCAUGGCCUUCUACGGCCUGGUGUUCCUCGCCCUACACUUGCGACACCGCCGCUGGCCCUUGAGGGGCAGUCUUCUGGGGCCUGUCCUCCAGCUGGGAUGCCUCUGUGUAGCCUGGUUCGUAGCCAUCAGCCGUGUCAUGGACUACAAACACCAUUGGUCGGAUGUUGUGGCCGGUUCGCUGCUGGGUGCCGGCACAGCCUUUGUGGUCGUCCAGGCGGCUAAGCUCGAGGAGGAGGCACCACACAGCACCACCAAAGUGGCGGCAACAAAUGCGAAUGCAAAUGAGAAGGAGGCAGUGACAGUCGGAUUGGGAGUGGGAGACGAUGCAGGAAGGAGCCCACAGCUGGCGCAUGAUUUGUGCCAGGUUACUUGUCAGAGCUCUAAUUAGUUGUGGUUUUGGGUUUAAGCUAUGCGAUUUCUAGUUGUUAAAACAAAGCGACAGUUGUCAGUAAAUUUAAAAGUUAUUUAAAAGAACAGAUGAUUUGUAAGAACCUUCAACACUCAGCAGCGGCAGCUCAUUAUGAGGCAGCUCAAAAUACAUUAAAUCUGUGCUUAAAGUCGGUGGAAGCUGGAAAAAUCAAGAUCAAACGAUCAAACGCUUGAUCGAGUGGAAAACUGUUGAUUAGCAGCGACGCACAGCCUUCAGGUCAAAUGAGGUUCAACGUUGCACAACAAUCAUAACGUUUUUGCAUUGGAACCUGCGGUUGUCUCUGGUCUCACAGCUAUAAUAUCAAACUACCAAUUCCCAGCGCUCUCCCUGCACUUCGGUCUUGAGUUCUCUCCAACUGCUCAUAAAAUACCAGAUUCAAAUAUUUGACUAGAAUGAGUGGCGUUUGUCAACGCAGUUGCCCAAAACACUUGGCCGUGCCGCAAUAAAGACAAAUCUGGUAAUUAGCAUCCA